AUGGCCUCAUCAUCACGAGCUAGGAAGAAUAAAUAUAAGCAACCCAUGCAAGAGCAACCCACAUUUGAUGAAAGAAGGUUCAAAUCUGAAAACCAUGAACACAUCUUUAAUUGGAUGAUGAGCAGAGAUAUUGUUCCGGAGGUGCUUUUCAAGCUAAAAGAUGAAGAAUACCCAGACAUACACAAAGUGAUUAGGAAAAGGGGAUGGGAGCUUCUCUGUGACCAACCCCAAGUUGUAAGUAUGCUUCUCAUCCAUGAGUUUUAUGCCAAUGUCAUAAUGAAAGAUGAUGAGGAAGAACCAUACUUGAGUUAUGUACGAGGGGUGGUAGUCCCCGUUAGCCCAGACACCAUCAAUAGAGUGCUAAAAACCAAACCAAAACGGUUUAAGCAACCUAGCUAUGAGGAGAGGGUCAAAUAUGACCCAAGGUGUGUGGACGUUCUAAGUGAUUUAUGCAAAGUAGGCAUGGACUGGGUGUUGGACUCACACAAACAACCACUCAAACUCAGAAGGGGUGAUCUCAUACCUCAAGCAAAAGGAUGGCAUGACAUAGUGAGAAGAUCAUUAAUCUCCACCUCAAACAACUCAGAGGUGACAUUGAACAGAGCUAUAAUGAUUCACUGUAUAAUGAAAGGAGGGAAGAUAGAUGUGGGAGAAACCAUAGCCAAGAACAUCAUUAACAUAGCCGAAGAUGUUCAAAAAGACAGCUGGCUAGGAUAUCCUAGCACUAUCUUGCGUUUAUGUGAAGAAGCUGGAGUACCACUUAAAGAAUUUGAUUCCACAGACAUAGUCUCCACUGGGAAACCCAUCACCAAGAAAUUAAUGGAGUAUGUCACCACAAUCCAAUUAGAGAGGCAGCCUUUAGCAAGAAGAAAGAGGAGGAAAGAAGCAAGGCAAGAGGAGGAGCAAGAAGAAGGAGAGGAGCAAGGAGAAGGAGAACAACAAGAAGAUAGAGAAGAACCAGCUGCAUUGGGCAUGAACCAACUCCAAGCCGCGUUAGAAGGAAUCUCUGGGCAAUACUCACAAAUUCAAAGAAGCCAAAAUGAGCAAGCUCAACAACAAAGAGAUCUUUGGCAAUUGAUGGAUCGACAAAGAGGAGCCCAAGCUCAAUGGAUGGAUCAGCAGAGGGAAUAUCAAACGCACAUGAUGGAACUACAACAAGAGCAAUAUACCAAGAUGUAUGAAGCCAUCAACAACUCAACUGCUGAAUAUGAAAGAUCCAUGAAUAAAGUAAUAAAGGAGCAGGCUCAGUUGAGGAAAGAGCAAGCUCAACAAAGGGAGCUUUUUCACAAGAUGGAUAAUAGAGAAGAUAUGCUUUACAGGGAAUUCAAUGAAAACAGAAUGUUUAAAGAGGCUAGACACACAGAUAGAAUUGAGUAUGAUAUGUGCACUCAAGAAAAACUCAGCUACAUUUGUGGAACACUCCCAGUGCUCAACCCAAAAAUCCAAACAUUCAAUGAAGCACACAAGGUAUUAGAAGAACAGGAAACCUCAAGGGUGAAGUUCAACAUUGAAAGGCUAAAAGAUAGGAUGGUGAGCUCAGGGAUAUGGAGAAAAGUAGAGGAAGGAUCAACAACAAAACAACAAGGAGAAAUAAGAAGCAAGAGAAGGGAGGACCCAAAAGGCAAAGGAAAGCAAGGAGAAUCUAGCAAAGGAAAGGAACCCAAAGCUUAA